CCAGACAAACUCUUGUCUGUUCCAGUGGGCCUAUCCCUUGGACACCCAUACAGGACCAGGCAGUGCCAGGCGGGGUGGGCAGCAGAGGAUCAGAGCUGUCCAGGGGAUGGCAGGACCAGGUGCCACGGGGCAGGAAGCUUGAGGAAGCUCAGAAUCAGGCAGCCCCUCACCUGUCAGAGGGAUCCUCUCACCUGUUCCCACUCUGCCCAGUGGCCAGCCCAGCUCUUCUCUCUGGCAAGAGGAGGAGAUAACCUCUGAGUAAUUCUUUUUUUCCAAGUUCCACUGAUCUCCAGUACUAGAAGGUGAUGAAUAAGUCUGUGGUUUGCUAUGGAGGUUCCAUGUCAGAUAAAGAUUCUUCUGACGUCCGCCCCGCUCGUCAGGGUGUAGGCACAAGGCCUCGGUGUAUAAAAGACAGGAGACCGUGUCGCAUGCUUCAGAAUGCCACAAGGGACCAGGACAAGGCAGAAUACACCCUGUAGCCCAAACAUGAACAGCCUCCCCAUCCUGCAUCUUCUCCUGUUCCUGCUUGGAUUCCAAGCCCCACAGGCACAGGGGCGGUCCUUGUCAACAUACCAGCCUAAGCAAUACUUCAAGAUGAUCGGUGAAAUUAUGGACAUCUUAAACACUUCACCCUCGCCUUCAGAAGAAACCUUGGACCCAAAUGAGACAAACACCCUGCUGAAUACUACUCUUCUGAGGCCAAACCUGGAUGCAUUCUUGAAUGCUACCAAAAAUUUCUACAACAAUGAGUCACUAAUCUGGAAAAAUCUUAAGGAAUUCCUGCCACUCCUGCCCAAUCCCACAUCCAGGGGAGAACCAAUCUAUAUUGAGAAUAACUGGGAUGAUUUCCAAAAGAAGCUGAAAAAAUAUCUGGAAGCCCUUGAUAAGUUUCUUUCAAGAACAAGCACUGAGUCCUAG